AUUGGUUCAGUGGACGAGAGCGAGAAACAUGCAAAAUUUAUGCCAUAUUGCAUCCGAUGGCCGAAGGACUGCACCGUAUUGAGGAAAACUGACACGGAUGAGGAAGUUACGUUUCUUUAUGAUACGAGUCGUUACGGGACAUACAUAAACGAGGAGCCGAUUGGCAACGGUAAUUCGCGUCGUUUAGAAAAUGGCGAUCUGAUAAGCAUUUGUGAUCCGAAAUUUUUCGCUUUCCUGUACUUUGAAAAGGAGCUUCCGAACCAGGAUUUUCCAAGCGAGCUAACCGAUCAUUUUCUGGUAUCAAAUCUGCUUAUUGGUGAAGGUGCAAUGGGCAAGGUAUAUGUUGGUAAGCGACGUACCAAUACAUCGGUUGCUGUUGCGAUCAAAGCGAUUCCAAAGCAACACAUCUCAGCUGUGGCUGAGCAUAAUCGUAGUGGUUCGUCAACAGAAGUGAUCAGACGCGAAGCCGAAAUAAUGCUCAAUGUUAAGCAUCCGAAUUGUGUACGUAUGGAGCAUUUGUGUGAAACAGAAACAAUGGCUUAUAUCGUAAUGGAAUAUGUUGCUGGUGGCGAGCUCUUCAGUCGCAUUGUUUCGCCAGCAAACAAAGGAUGCGGCCUGGGUGAAUCGAUAACAAAAUUCUAUGCAUGGCAACUUUUUGGUGCCCUUGAGUAUCUUCACAAGAAUGGUAUUGUGCAUCGCGAUAUCAAAGCGGAGAAUGUGUUACUACUCGAAAAUGAGGAUUAUACAGUUGUGAAGUUGACAGAUUUUGGUUUGAGCAAAAUAACAAACGGGCAAUCGAUGCGAACAUUUUGUGGGACGAAAUGCUACAUGGCACCGGAGCAGUGGAAAGCGGAAGCAUACAGCUGUAAAGUGGAUAUCUGGGCACUUGGUGCUGUCAUCUUCAUUUGCAUGUGCGGUUAUCCACCAUUCAGUGCGGAUUAUGAUGAUUGGCCACUGGACGAACAGAUUAUGAGAGGACGACUGGUUUUUUACAAAGGUUGGGAGAAAGUCUCACCGUUUGGACGGAAAAUACUGCGACAGUGCUUUAGAACUGAGCCGGAACAUCGUAUCUCGGCGACGGAAGCGCUUGCUAGCGAGUGGUUCAAAGAUCCGAUUGUUGAAAAAGCUCGCAGUGUCGUACAGAAUCAUACGGUAAGAUUUUUUUGUUUUUAG